CAGGGCAACAAAGUGAAACUUUGUCUCAAAAAUAUAAAAUAAAAUAAACUGACAUUUUAGAAAUCUUAAGUCUGUAAUUCUCAAGAUAUUUUGUUUAGUACAGUGUAUACUGAAAGAGUGGAUUUGGAAAUAAAAUUUUCCCAAGCAGAAUUAUUCUCUCAACUUGCCAAUAUGAAUUUUUGGAUACAUUUUUUCUUUUUUAUGUAUCAUAGGUCUGUCUUUGGUCUUUACAUUGGCAAAAUUAGACCAUGAUAAUUAAAAUCUAUCUUCCUUAUAAUUUUGCUCUCUAAUUUAUUAGCAGUAGCCAUGUUUUUCCACUUCAGACUGCCCAGGUUGGGGGUUCUAAAGCAGGUAAAAGCCAUAUUAUGUUUAUUUUAAACAUUCAGAUUACUAGUGUAAACUCCUUUAAAAAGGUAACUUUUUUUUUGGAAUAAAGGUUUAGGAAAAUCUUUAAGAAACUGACAUUUUUACUGUACUAAAUUUUUGAAGUUGAUGACAAUCACUAGCACCACUGAAAACCACACGGGAUUCUUAAAACUACCUUAGAAAAACACUAAAAAGUUUCCUGAAAUUGAACUGCUCACUGACAUCUGUCGGGAAGUUUGCUUUAGAAGAAUUCAAGAGUGUGAUCAGAGAAGGAGUAAUUGUUCCAAGUUGGAGAUCUUUGUGUGCCUGAGUUAUGAUGUCCUAUUGUGAUUGGAUGGGAAGUAAACAUAAUUUAUUUUCUUGAACUGUGAUUGGCUAAAAUCCUUUGCUUUUCCAUGUUAUUUUCUAAUAACUGAAUCUGGAGCCUUCCCCUGUUUUUAUUAUCAGAACAGCGUGUUUGUGCUAUGUGCCAGUACUAAAAGUACUAAGAUUGGCACAGGGACAGGUUGUGAAAUUUAAGGACGUUGACAAAAGCCUGCAACGGAGCGUUUGGCGUUGUUACGACAAAGCAGUGGCUAGGUGUAAAUCUCUGUGUAGGUUAAACGUGUAAUUAGUAGCGCCGCAAAUGGGAAGGAUGAAGGGACGACUGCAUUUCCUUCAUUUUCAUUUAAAGUCGUGGACUGUUCUCCUGUGACUGAGUUUCGUGGGCUCAAUUUUCAGUGAGUGCGGCUCUGCUUUGCUGCCGGUACUGCAGGUCUGCUAAUUCUGGCCAGCUCCGACGGCCGGUGCCCUGUGUUCUGACAAACAGCGCUCUGCAGAUGAGGCGUUUAACCUGGAGUUUAUUUUGUGAUCCAGAGUAGAACCAGCGCGCUUCACUUUCGCCUCACGCCCACCUCUGAGGAGCAACGAGUAGAAACGGGACCCCAAACGCUUUUACUAGGUGUUGCUGAAGGAGAGCAUUCCCUUUCCCUGCGCCCAUCUUCCUUUGGUCUUGGAGCAGCCGCCGCCUCUGGAGCCUGGCUGGUCCCGCAGCCGCCGCAGCCGCGCCGGGCACUACUUUCCGUCUGCGGUGGUUCCGCCGACCCUCCCGGCGUCUCCCUCCCCCCACCCGCGCCGGCGGAAGGAGACGCGCGGCGCGCUCGCUGCUCGCCAGUGGAUGGGGAGGCGGAGUAGUACUGGCCGCGGCGCUGUGGUGGCGGCGGCGGCCGGGGCUGCCUCGGGGCGUCCGACGGCGCUGUAGGGUUUUCUGUCAGGUUUUCUGUGGAGCUGUAGUCCAAGGCUACGAAUCUGGGAGUCAAGGAAAGUGUCUGAGACAGCAAGGGACGCGGUCGCUGUGUCCUCCUGGGCAGAGCGGCCGGUGCGCCCCCGGGUCUGCGCUCGCUCGUGGGGCCGCCGCCGUCCCUCGGUCCGCUCCCCUCAGGAUGGGCGGCCGGUAGGAGCGGGUUCCCUCGCCGUGGCGGAGGCAGCGGCCGCCGUGGCAGCGACGGCUAUGGCGGUGGAGACGCGGCCGGAGCUGGUGGGGAAACGGUUCCUGUGUGUGGCGGUCGGCGACGAGGCGCGUCCGGAGCGCGGGGAGAGCGGACGCGGCUGGCGGAGCUGGCGAGCGGGGGUCAUCCGAGCCGUGUCACACAGGGACAGCCGCAGUCCGGACCUGGCGUUUUCUGCUCAAUUCUCCUUGGUGGAGAAGAUGGAUACAAAACAGCAGGUGUAUGUGGAAUUUGAUGAUCUUGAUUGGGAUAAACGAGAGUGGGUUAAAGUUUAUGAAGAUUUUUCAACCUUCUUGGUGGAAUACCACUUAAUCUGGGCCAGAAGGAAUGACCCUAGCCAGACUCAGGGAUCAAAGAGCAAACAGAUUCAGUGGCCUGCAUUGACUUUCAAACCCUUGGUGGGAAAAAAUAUACCCAGUUCAAUCACUGCAGUAGAAUUCCUUGUAGAUAAACAAGUGGAUUUUUUAACUGAAGAUAGUGCCUUUCAGCCCUACCAGGACGACAUAGACAGCCUAAACCCAGUUCUCAGGGACAACCCGCAGCUUCAUGAGGAAGUGAAAGUCUGGGUAAAGGAACAAAAGGUUCAGGAGAUUUUUAUGCAAGGUCCUUAUUCCUUAAAUGGAUACAGAGUGAGAGUGUAUAGACAAGACUCUGCCACCCAGUGGUUUACUGGCAUAAUUACUCAUCAUGAUCUCUUCACCCGCACCAUGAUCGUUAUGAAUGAUCAGGUACUAGAACCACAGAAUGUCGAUCCUUCUAUGGUUCAAAUGACCUUUCUAGAUGAUGUUGUUCACUCUUUGUUAAAAGGUGAAAAUAUUGGCAUUACAUCACGUCGCAGGUCUCGUGCCAAUCAAAAUAUCAACGCUGUUCACGGUCAUUAUACACGUGCACAAGCAAAUAGUCCCAGACCAGCAAUGAAUUCCCAAGCUGCUGUACCAAAACAGAAUAUACACCAGCAACAGCAACAAAGAAAUAUUCGUCCAAAUAAGAGGAAGGGCUCAGAUAGCAGUAUACCAGAUGAAGAGAAGAUGAAGGAAGAAAAAUACGAUUACAUAUCACGAGAAAAUCCUAAAGGUAAAAACAAACACUUGAUGAAUAAAAGAAGGAAACCUGAGGAGGAUGAAAAGAAACUAAAUAUGAAAAGACUUCGAACUGACAAUGUUUCAGACUUUUCUGAGAGCAGUGACUCAGAAAAUUCAAAUAAGAGAAUAAUAGAUAAUUCUUCAGAGCAGAAGCCAGAGAAUGAAUUGAAAAAUAAAAAUACUUCAAAGAUAAAUGGAGAAGAAGGAAAAUCCCAGAAUAAUGAGAAGGCAGGAGAAGAGACAAUGUUAGAUAGUCAGCCUCCCUGGGAUCAAAUACAGGAAGAUAAACAUGAAGAAGCAGAGAAGUGGAAGUCUGUUGAUACUCAGCUUCAAGAAAAAAUGAUUAUCCAUUCAUCAGAACAGGUCACACUUUCUGAUCAUAAUCCUAAUGAUUCACUUCCUCAGGAAUGCAAUAUGGAUAAAACACAUACAGUGGAAUUAUUACCAAAGGAGAAGUUUGUAUCCAGACCACCUACACCAAAAUGUGUUAUUGAUAUUACAAAUGACACUAAUUCAGAAAAGGUGGCUCAGGAAAACUCAAGUACCUUUGGCCUUCAGACACUUCAGAAAAUGGAUCCUAACAUUAGUGAUUCAAAAUCAAUUGCAAAUGCAAAAUACUCAGAAACAGCAAAACAAGAUUCUGAUCAGAGCUGGGUCAGUGAUGUAGUUAAAGUGGACUUAACCCAGUCAAGUGUUACAAAUGCUUCUUCAGGAAAUGAUCACCUGAAUAUGGAAAAAGAGAAAAACCAAUAUAUCUCUUACAUGUCAUCUUUAAGUACAGUUUCUGUCAUGGAAGAUAAGGUGCAUAAGCGAAGUCCGCCUCCAGAGACUAUAAAAUCUAAACUUAAUACUUCAGCAGUAGAGGCUCAUAAGACAAAAUCCAAUCCCUCACCUGAAGUUGUUAAACCCAAAAUAACCCAUUCUCCUGAUUCUGUAAAGUCUAAGACCACUUAUGGUAACAGCCAAACCACUGGUGAAAGAAGAUUGGCAAGUAAGAUAGAACAUGAGUUAUCAAGAUGCAGUUUUCAUCCAGUUCCUACUAGAGGCAGUACAUUGGAAACUACAAAGAGCCCUCUAAUCAUUGAUAAAAAUGAGCAUUUCACAGUUUACAGAGAUCCUGCACUUAUUGGGUCAGAAACAGGAGCUAAUCACAUUUCACCUUUCUUAAGCCAGCAUCCUUUUCCUCUUCAUUCCUCAUCCCAUAGAACCUGUUUGAAUCCAGGUACCCAUCACCCUGCCUUAACUCCUUCACCCCACUUACUUGCUGGAUCAUCUAGUCAAACACCAUUACCUACCAUUAACACUCACCCUCUGACUAGCGGGCCACACCAUGCUGUUCAUCACCCUCAUUUACUUCCCACUGUGUUACCUGGAGUGCCUACUGCCUCUUUACUUGGUGGCCACCCACGACUAGAGAGUGCUCAUGCCAGCAGCUUGAGCCACUUAGCACUAGCACACCAGCAACAGCAACAGUUACUACAGCACCAGUCACCUCAUCUUCUUGGACAAGCUCAUCCUUCUGCUUCAUAUAAUCAGCUUGGACUAUAUCCAAUUAUUUGGCAGUAUCCAAAUGGAACACAUGCAUACUCGGGACUUGGUUUGCCUUCUUCUAAGUGGGUUCACCCAGAAAACACAGUUAAUGCUGAAGCUUCGUUAAGGAGGAAUUCUCCCAGUCCUUGGUUACAUCAGCCCACCCCUGUGACCUCUGCAGAUGGUAUUGGAUUACUUAGUCACAUUCCUGUCAGACCUUCUAGUGCAGAGCCUCAUCGGCCUCUUAAAAUUCCAGCGCAUUCCAGUCCACCGUUGACAAAAACUUUAGUAGAUCAUCAUAAAGAAGAAUUGGAGAGGAAAGCUUUUAUGGAACCAUUACGGUCUGUGGCAUCCACAUCUGCAAAAAAUGACCUGGAUCUAAAUAGGUCACAGACUGGAAAAGAUUGUCACCUGCAUAGACAUUUUGUGGAUCCAGUAUUAAGUCAAUUACAGAGGCCACCCCAGGAGACUGGAGAGAGAUUAAACAAAUAUAAGGAGGAACACCGUCGAAUUCUUCAAGAAAGUAUUGAUGUUGCUCCCUUUACAACUAAAAUUAAGGGGCUUGAGGGUGAAAGAGAUAGCUAUUCCAGAGUAGCAUCAUCAUCCUCUAGUCCUAAAAGCCAUGUCAUCAAACAAGAUACAGAUAUAGAACGCUCAGUAUCAGACCUUUAUAAAAUAAAGCACUCGGUUCCUCAGAGUUUGCCCCAAAGUAACUAUUUCACUACAUUGUCUAAUAGUGUGGUCAAUGAACCACCAAGAUCAUACCCAUCCAAAGAAGUUUCAAAUAUUUACAAUGAAAAGCAGAGUAACACCCUUGCAGCAGCAGGUAAUCCUCAAACCCUGACUUCGUUUAUAUCAUCUCUUUCAAAGCCACCGCCUUUGAUUAAACACCAACCAGAAAGUGAAGGUUUAGUAGGCAAGAUACCAGAACAUCUUCCCCAUCAGAUUGCCUCUCACUCGGUAACAACCUUCAGAAAUGAUUGUAGGAGUCCAACCCAUUUGACAGUUUCUUCUACAAAUACACUCCGCAGUAUGCCUGCUUUACAUAGAGCACCAGUAUUUCACCCACCAAUCCAUCACAGCCUGGAAAGAAAGGAAAGCAGCUACAGUAGCCUUUCCCCUCCAACUUUAACUCCAGUGAUGCCAGUAAAUGCUGGUGGGAAAGUUCAAGAAUCACAAAAACCUCCAACUCUAAUACCUGAGCCAAAAGACGCUCAGGCAAAUUUUAAGAGUUCUUCUGAACAGACUUUGACAGAAAUGUGGAGACCUAAUAAUAACCUCAGCAAAGAGAAAGCUGAAUGGCACGUGGAGAAAAGCAGUGGAAAAUCACAGGCUGCUAUGGCAUCUGUCAUUGUACGUCCACCUUCGAGUACAAAAAUUGAUAGCAUGCCAGCAAUGCAGUUAUCUUCUAAAGAUCGAGUUAGUGAAAGAUCUUCAACUGGGACAAAUAAAACAGAAUGCCUCAAACCAGCAGAAUCUGGAGAGACUGGAAGAAUCAUUUUGCCAAAUGUGAAUUCAGAUAGUGCUCACACAAAAUCUGAAAAAAACUUUCAGGCUGUCUCACAGGGCAGUCUUCCCAGUUCAGCCAUGUCUGCUGUAAAUACCAUGUGUAAUACCAAAACGGCUAUAUUCACAUCUGCUGCCACUACUGCCAGUGUUUCCAGUUGGGGUGGUUCAGAAGUAAUUUCUUCUUUAUCAAAUACCAUUUUGGCCUCUACAUCCUUAGAAUGUACCUCUUCAAAAAAUGUCAAUCAGUCAAUGGCUCAAACACAAGAAUGCAAAGUCAGCACCACAGCUCCAGUUACACUAGCCAGUAGUAAGACAGGAAGUGCUAUUCAGCCCAGUUCUGGGUUCUCAGGCACAACUGAUUUUAUCCAUUUAAAAAAGCACAAGGCAGCAUUGGCUGCAGCUCAAUAUAAAAGUAGUAAUGUCAAUGAGACUGAACCUAAUGCUGUGAAAAAUCAGACAUCUUCAGCCUCCCUUCCCCUGGAUAGCACCGUAAUCUGUAGUACAAUUAACAAAGCAAACUCUGUAGGAAAUGGGCAAGUAUCCCAGACAAGUCAACCGAACUACCAUACUAAGCUGAAAAAGGCUUGGCUUACUAGACAUUCAGAAGAAGAUAAAAAUACUAAUAAAAUAGAAAAUUCAGGGAAUUCUGUGUCAGAAAUUAUUAAGCCAUGUUCUGUCAAUUUAAUAGCCUCUACAUCUAAUGAUAUACAAAAUAGUGUAGAUAGUAAAAUUAUAGUUGAGAAAUAUGUAAAAGAUGAUAAAGCCAAUAGGAGAAAAGCCAAAAGAACUUACGAAUCUGGCUCUGAAAGUGGAGACUCAGAUGAAAGUGAAAGUAAGUCAGAGCAAAGGACUAAAAGGCAACCUAAGCCAACAUACAAAAAGAAGCAAAAUGAUUUGCAGAAGAGAAAAGGUGAAAUAGAUGAAGAUUUGAAACCCAAUGGAGUUCUCAGCAGGAGUGCCAAAGAGAAAAGUAAAUUGAAGUUGCAAAGCAACAGUAAUACUGGCAUUCCUCGCUCAGUAUUAAAAGAUUGGCGUAAAGUCAAGAAGCUGAAGCAAACUGGGGAAUCCUUUUUACAGGAUGACUCCUGCUGUGAGAUAGGGCCUAAUUUACAAAAGUGCCGAGAAUGUAGACUUAUUCGCAGUAAAAAAGGAGAAGAACCAACUCACUCACCAGUGUUUUGUAGAUUUUACUACUUUAGACGAUUGUCAUUUAGUAAAAAUGGAGUGGUUAGAAUAGACGGUUUCUCUUCUCCUGACCAGUAUGAUGAUGAAGCUAUGAGUUUAUGGACACAUGAAAAUUAUGAAGAUGAUGAACUAGACAUAGAAACUUCUAAAUAUAUCUUGGAUAUAAUAGGUGAUAAAUUCUGUCAAUUAGUAACAUCUGAAAAAACAGCUUUGACCUGGGUAAAAAAGGAUGCCAAAAUUGCCUGGAAAAGAGCAGUAAGAGGAGUCCGAGAGAUGUGUGAUGCAUGUGAAGCGACAUUGUUUAACAUUCACUGGGUCUGCCAAAAAUGUGGAUUUGUGGUCUGCUUAGAUUGUUACAAGGCAAAGGAAAGGAAGAGUUCUAGAGAUAAAGAACUGUAUGCUUGGAUGAAGUGUGUAAAGGGGCAGCCUCAUGAUCACAAACAUUUAAUGCCAACUCAAAUUAUACCUGGUUCUGUUUUGACAGAUCUUCUAGAUGCCAUGCACACUCUUAGGGAAAAAUACGGUAUUAAAUGCCAUUGUCAUUGUACUAACAAACAGAAUUUACAAGUUGGAAACUUUCCUACAAUGAAUGGUGUAUCUCAAGUUUUACAGAAUGUUCUUAAUCAUGGAAAUAAAAUUUCUCUGUGCAUGCCUGAGUCUCAGCAGCAAAAUACUCCUCAAAAGUCUGAGAGUAAUGGCAACAGCAGCCCAGGAAGUGAUGUAAGCACAGAUAGCAAGUUAACUCCUCCAGAAUCCCAGUCACCACUGCAUUGGUUAGCAGAUCUUGCAGAGCAAAAAGCGAGAGAGGAAAAAAAAGAAAACAAAGAAUUUGCUCUCGAAAAGCAACUUAAAAACGAUGGAGAACAGGACAACUCUGAUUCUCCAAAUGGCAGAACAUCACCACCUAUGUCCCAGAAUAAUGAACAAGGGUCAACUUUACGGGAUUUGCUGACCACCACAGCUGGCAAGCUACGAGUGGGCUCUACAGAUGCUGGCAUUGCCUUUGCCCCAGUAUAUUCAAUGGGAGCCCCAAGUGGCAAGAGUGGACGGACUAUGCCUAACAUUCUUGAUGACAUAAUUGCUUCAGUUGUUGAAAACAAAAUUCCACCAAAUAAAACCUCCAAGAUAAGUAUAAAACCAGAGCUUAAGGAAGAGCCUGAAGAAAGCAGAAAAUCUGCCAUGAAUGAAAAUAAUAAAUUGUACAGUGAUAUACCACAUUCUUGGAUCUGUGAGAAGCAUAUUUUAUGGCUUAAAGAUUACAAGAAUACUAAUAAUUGGAAGCUUUUCAAAGAGUGUUGGAAACAAGGACAGCCUGCAGUGGUUUCUGGUGUGCAUAAGAAAAUGAACAUUAGCUUAUGGAAGGCGGAGUCAAUUAGUCUUGAUUUUGGAGACCACCAAGCUGAUCUCCUGAAUUGCAAAGACAGCAUUAUUUCAAAUGCCAAUGUUAAAGAAUUCUGGGAUGGUUUUGAAGAAGUUUCAAAACGGCAAAAAAACAAAAGUGGAGAAACAGUUGUCUUAAAAUUGAAAGAUUGCCCUUCAGGAGAAGACUUUAAGACUAUGAUGCCAGCAAGAUAUGAAGAUCUUUUAAAAAGUCUGCCAUUGCCAGAAUAUUGUAAUCCAGAAGGAAAAUUCAAUUUGGCCUCUCAUUUGCCAGGAUUUUUUGUACGUCCUGAUCUAGGACCCAGGUUGUGCAGUGCCUAUGGUGUAGCUGCUGCUAAAGAUCAUGAUAUAGGAACAACAAAUCUCCAUAUUGAAGUUUCCGAUGUUGUAAAUAUUCUAGUCUAUGUUGGCAUAGCUAAAGGAAAUGGCAUUCUCUCAAAAGCAGGAAUACUCAAGAAAUUUGAAGAAGAAGAUUUGGAUGACAUUUUAAGGAAAAGACUCAAGGACUCUAGUGAAAUACCUGGUGCUUUGUGGCAUAUUUAUGCUGGGAAAGAUGUUGACAAGAUAAGAGAAUUUCUUCAAAAGAUUUCAAAAGAACAAGGCCUUGAAGUUCUACCAGAACAUGAUCCAAUACGUGACCAAAGUUGGUAUGUGAACAAAAAGCUCCGCCAAAGGCUGCUUGAAGAAUAUGGAGUCAGAACCUGUACUCUUAUUCAGUUCCUUGGUGAUGCCAUUAUUUUGCCAGCAGGAGCACUUCAUCAGGCGCUGAACAUCUCAUCCAUACUUUCCUGCUCUGUGAAAUAGAGCAUCUGUUCUACAGACACAUAAUGAAGAGCCAGUGAGACUGUACAGAUAUGCUGAAAAUGUGAGGCAUCCAGUAUGUUCAUCCACCAGAGGAACCAACAGCCUAAUGAUUAAAGAAAGAGAAUGUUUACUUUACUAUGCUACCAAGUUAUCAAUAGAGGCACAGUGCUUCUUGAGUUAAAGAACUCUGCAGACUUCAGCAGCUGUUCAGGUGGUCAUUAUGCCCAGAGGAGGAAUUCUGACUUCUCUGGAAUUCCAUCACCCUCUCAUCAAGUAGAUUUUUUUUCCCCCACAGUCUCCAUUUCCCACUUACUAUCUCUUUCAUCUCACUCCUCCCAGUUAAAUUUAUUUUGCAUACUUUAAAAAAAUUAGAAUAAAUUUAAGUGCUCAGUUUUUUCAGUUGUUUCUCCUUUCCCAGGAAUUUUUAUGAUGUUUUUAAAGUCACUAAAAGACAACCUAGAAACACCACAAAUCUAAGAUUGGAUUGGCUUGAAUCUUCCUCUGUUCUGCUUAGCAUCAGUACAAAGUAGUUCUAAGAUAUAGUAAAGUGCAAAGUCAGUUUGUAAAUGCUGAACAAAUAACAGAUAAAGACUUAACUGGCUGGAUUCCUGUGAAAAGCAUUUAGGAGAGAGAAAUCAGUAUUGUACUGAUGUCAUAGGAGAUUGAAGGGAUUAUCUUUAAUUGGCUAAUUUGAAGAUAGUCACAAAAGAAAAGAAGGCACAAACAACCAAAAUCCUAGGAUAAUUCUGAAACUUAGUUGUGGUCAGUAGAUCUGUCUGGAACUAUAUUGUUUAUCCCAGUUCCUAAAAAUCUAAGUUUUAUUUCCUUUUCUUUAAUCUGUUCUCUAGUAUAUGAGUUAACAGUGAAAUGAUCAAGAUGCUGAAAGCCACAGGAGCAACAAGGAACAUACUCUGAUUGCCUGGUAGAUUCUUUCCAGUUAGUCGGUAUUUAAAGUAAUACAUUAAAUAAAAAAGGUCCACUUUGACAAAAUUGACAGUUUAGGAUCUGAUUAUUAGCCUCUUCAAAGGAUUCCUGGAAAAGUUAUUUUCUUUUUAUCAUUGAAAAAUAUUCCAUUUACAAAGUCACUUUACAUGAAGCUUUUCAGUGACAUGACUUUCUCAUGAAGUGGUCUUCUGCUUUGAAAUCCAUUUGAUGUUUUAUAGAAAAUAAAUUAUCUAGUAGGAUUGUUCCUGUGCUUGUAGGUUUUAGAUAACUUAGCUUUUCUUUGUUCCCACCUCCUAAAAUUUAUAUUUCGUUGUUUUUCUUUUGG